AGAAGGGGUAUAUUUGUAAUUUGUAGUUUGAAAAGUUAAAAGCUGGCCAAAAAGUCACAAUAUUGUGACUUCUUGAAACCUCCUUUUCCUUCUUUGCAAAAAGCCAUUUUUAAAAGGACUUUUGGCUUAGCCAAACACAAAAACAACUUAUCGGCUUUUUGAUAAGUCAAUAAGCCAAUAAGUUGUUUUGAAAAGCUUAGCCAAACAUGCCAUUAAUCCUUCCUUUUCCAUUUACGCGUUUCCUUUUCUUCCUCUCCCUGAUCUCCCGAUGAUUGAAUUGGAACUGUGUUUCCAUCUUUAUGACCAAUCAAAUCCUUUCCAAACUUUGCGAGACAUAUGAAACUCUAUUUAAACGACAUCCGCACACCCAUCGAUCUCAUCUUUUCUCACGAAACACAAAGCCAUACUUGCACAUCGCCGAAGUUGGAGGUCUUGCCGGAGACCGAGAACACGUUGAAGAUAAGGAGAUCGUGCCGGAGAAGAUACACGUCACCGGAGUAACCGAAACCGACGACCGGAGACACUCGAAGCUCGAAACGGAAACCAUUCCAUCGUUCGGUAUACCCUUCUUGAAGCAAUUGUCAUCUCGUUAUUCCACUAUUGAAGUGUUACAUUUGCAAUGUUUUAAUCUUUCAAGAUCGUUGAAAAGAACAGAACGCCGCCCGGAUCACGUGGAACUCACCGGAGCCGACGGAGAUCACGACGGGGACUGGUUUGGUAUCGUGAUUCCUCUUCGGUUAGUCGUGUUUGCUCGUUUCUCUUGGGUUGUUCCAAUCUUACUCGUGCGUUACUUACAAGAAAUCGCAACGAAACCAAUGUUGAUAGACGAAGUAAUGAAGAAAUGAAGUUAAGAUGGACUAGAUACCCAUUUUAAUAAUAAACAACGUUUGUUGCAAUUUCUCUUUAUUUGAAACAUUGUAUUUGUAUUUAGUCAUGUAUGAAAUUUGAAUUAAACUA